UACUGUUAUCUCAUAUGGUUUUGUAUUUUGCACGAAUUUAUUUAUUUUGUAAAUAUGGAAAUGUGUAUGAUUUUUGUAUUGCUACUGCUCAUUUUGCUACUGCCUAAUUAUGUAGAAAUUGAGAAGUGAUUACAAAAAAUUGUGAUUCUUUUAGGGGGAAAACUUUGUUGAUGAUGUAUGGGUUCAAAUUCAAUAAUCUUUCAACAUUUCCAAUGGCUUCGUCUUCCAAAUCUCCUAAACAACCCAAGUUCGGUGAAACUACCCAAGAUAUGAUCAGCAGUAUGCCAACUGAAGUGACUGACAAAAUCAUGAAGCGCUUGCCACUGAAAACGGCAGCGAAGAUGAGCGUGCUUUCGAGAAAAUGGAGACGUAAUUGGCUGUCUCAUAGGUAUCUUGUCUUCGAUAGAGAUUUCUGGGAAGAACAACGUAAAAAUGGAAAAAUUGAAUGGCAUAAGAUCAGCAACAUCAUCAGCAAUAUACUCUUUCUGCACAAUGGUCCCGUGCAAGUAUUCCAUCUUUAUAUUCCAGGACGAAGUGAUAAUAUAAGCCUUAAUCUCAGUCCAUGGCUUUUUUUUCUUUCGAGAAUCGGGGUCAAGAAGAUCCGUAUUACUAACGGGAGUAAUUGUCUAACUAUCCCUUCUCAUAUUUAUGCAUGCAAAGAGUUGGUAAAACUGAGUAUUCAGCAUUAUGUAGUAGAAACCCCGCCGUGUGAGUUUAAGGGCUUUGCUCAUCUUCGCAAUAUUGAGCUAGUCGACGUCGAAUUUAAGCAUGAAACAAUGAAGAGUUUGAUUGCAAGUUGUCCCCAGCUUACAGUGUUAGUUCUUCAGGAUUGGUAUGGCAUGGAUAAUGUAGUAAUAGAUGCGCCGAGGCUUGAAGUGUUAACUAUCCGAGGUGAAUUCAUGUCUCUUGCUUUCGAAAAUGUCUCUUGUGUUAAGAGCGUUACAAUAUGUUUAAACGAAGAAGAGGACCCUUCAAACUACAUAGAAACAAUUGAUGCCAUCAAGAUUCUUGCGAGUUCAACUGAGCUUCAAUGCCUUCAAUUUGGCGGCCGUAUGUCUAAGCUCUUGGCUGCAGGUUACGCUGCACAACCCUUUACUCUGGCAUUCAACCACCUGCAUAGGCUUUCUCUGACAGAUUUUGACUUGAGUGAUUUUGGUGUAUUUUGUUUCACUUUUAGCAUGCUUCAAAGUUGUCCCUCCAUCAAGGAUCUUCACAUAUCACUCGAUCCAAACAAAAGAUCUGUUAAGCACAAAUUUGACUACAAUAAGGAUUAUAAGUUAAGACAUCUCCUCAAGGUUGAAAUUACAGGUAUUACAGGGUCAAGUGUAGAGUUCAAACUGAUUGAAUAUGUGCUCGCUACCUCAGUUGUUCUUGAAAAAUUGCUCUUCAAGUGUGCUUAUCUUGACCCUAGUUCAGAGCUAAAGGUGUCACGGGUGCUGUUGCAGUUGCCAAGAGCAUCGCCAAAGGCCAAACUUGUGUGUAUGGAGCAAUAGAGGAUCUAGGAUUGACCUUUUCAGUGGUGUUUAUUUGGAGAUUAGCAUUGUUGUUUUCUUACAAUAUCUUCAAAUGGUUUAUGUUUCCUAUAAUUGAAUCCUUAAGCUU